UUUUCCAGAAUUCCAUUGUGGGAUUCUCUCUCUCUCUAACAAAUAAAUACGCACAGUGAAUUCACAAAUCGACAACUUUCUUUGUCCUUCUCCACUCUCUGACACACUGCUCUCUAUGUGGCGUAAACUUGAUGCCUGGUAGUAGUGCAAGCAAAGCAACCCACCCCACUUUAAUUUUUCCCUCUCUAAAACACCCUAACUUCCUUACUGUUAAAAAAAUAAAGUAGAAAAUAAAUUUUGCUUUUAUUUUUCCUUUUUCUAUCUCACGCUCUCUAUCUCUUUCCCUAUCGACCCCUUUUUUUGGCUCACUCACUACUUCUAUAAGCUCAUGUUUAGUGCUUCAUUCCAUUCUCAAAACAGCCUUCAACCCCCCCUACCCCUCUCUCUCUACAAACACUUGUUCAUCACCCAAAACUUAACUCCAAUUUGCUUGCGCUAACAAACGAAACCCUUCUCUCAUUUGCAUUAUUGCAAGGUGUUUCAACUUGUUCAAGUUUUUCGAAAGCAGAAAUUUCAGGCAGUGAGUUAUAGUUCUUGAACCUCAUAUAUAUACUACAUGACUUUAUUUAUUUUUCCCUUCAACACUAUUCUUUCAGACAAAACUAAUCUCUGCCUUACUUCCCUUUAUUCAAGAAAACAUGUUUACAAUGUGUAGAAAGAAAAACGCAGGUUGAUUCACUGUCAUUCCCUACUAACAAAUAUAGUAUUUUGUUCUUGGUUUCUCCUCCCAGUCUAUAAAUCCCACAACCCAAUAAGCUAACCUUAAUUAAUUUCUGCCUCUUAAAAUCAAACUCAGUUUGAAUUAAGAAUUUGUGUCAACAACACAGUGAUUUAUUCCCAUAUUUAUAUAUAGUGUCGUUGCUUGACACCCCCCCAAAAAAAAGACAGCUAGCGCGCGCAUAGGAAAAUUUACAAGUGAGGGCAUGACUUUUAAGGUUUAAUCAUUGGUGUUAGCACCCUAAUCUGGUGGUCCUUUUGGUCUCCAAACAAGUGACACACGCACAAAAGAGGAAAGAUCUAAUGGAGGUUCCAAGUGAAGAAGGUGAUGAGAUGCCGCUCCCACUCAACAGCACCUAUGGUGGGCAUGGCCACAUGAUCCAUCACCAUCAUCAUCAUCCACCGCCAUCCCACAACCACAUUAUCAUCCCUUCUUCCGCCACCCAGAUCGCCGACGACGAUUUCAAGAAGCCCGUCAGGUACCGCGAGUGCCUCAAGAACCACGCGGCUGCGAUGGGCGGCAACGCCACCGACGGCUGCGGCGAGUUCAUGCCCACCGCCGACCUCGACGCCCUUACCUGCUCCGCCUGCGGCUGCCACCGCAACUUCCACCGCAAGGAGGCCGACGGUGACCCCUGCGACGGCUGCUACCCCAGGAUUGGCCGCAAGCUCUUCCUGGGCCACCACCACCACCAGCACAAGGGCUACAGGCCACACCAGAUGAUUAUGCACUCCUACAACAGCGGCGGCCCCUCCGAGUCCGACGAGCAGGACGGCGGCAGAGCGCCGCAGCUGGUGAAGAAGAGGUUCAGAACCAAGUUCAGUCAGGAGCAGAAGGAGAAGAUGCUCAACUUUGCAGAGAAAGUUGGGUGGAAAAUACAGAAGCAGGAAGAAGGAGUGGUGCAGCAGUUCUGCCAAGAAGUUGGAGUCAAGAGAAGAGUUUUGAAGGUAUGGAUGCACAACAACAAGCAUACUCUUGCAAAGAAGACCCUUCUUCAAUCUGACCCUCAACAUCAGAGUUUAGGGACUAAUUAAUUAAUUAAUACUACUGUUUUUGCUGCAGAAAGUUAUUACCUUUUCCCUUUUGUUUAUUUCUAUUCUAUUCUGUUCCUACAUUUUUUAUUUUGGGUGGGGGAAUAUAUUGGGAUCUGUUAGAUUUGGACUUUUAUGUCGUGAAUCUGCGUUUCAGGAGUAGCUUUAUAAUGUGUUUGACAAUAAUGGUGUUCUUAUGUAGUUGAAGAAAUUAAAACUGGGGUUUGAGUAAGUUUUUAGUAGUUGGAGUUUGGUACCAAUUGUAAAUCCAUUUUAGCGAGGAAUGGAUUUAUUUCAAGGAUGUCAAGCUUGUUAUUCUCCACGUCCUAAUUUCAUGAUAUGGUUUUCUCUUCUUGACGCAA